AAGCGUCGCCAGCUCCCACAGCGUCCUGCUCCUUUAAACGCCGCCUGAGCGCCUUGUAAUCCCCGCCGAAGCGGGGAAGGUCAGCGCGGACAGGGAGCGGGGCGCCCGCCGCCUUGGGGUGGGGCGAGCGCAGGUUGGCGCGCUGGCUAAAGGUCGCCCUGGGCUGCUCCCUUUCCAGAUCCGCUUUCGGAAACUUUCACGCGCAGGGCGGAUGUUCAGCUGGGCGGCGCGGCAACAGCUCUUCUCCAGGCAAGCGCUGCCCAACUUGCGCACCGGAGCACUUUGCGCGUGGGCUCCGCGCAGCAUCCCCCGCUGCACCCGACGUCUAGGCAGUCCGCGUGGACUUGCCCCCGCCCACCUUCCUCCUAUUAAUUCCCAUUAUUGAAUUCACCGGAUCCACUCCGGUCUCAGUCCCGGAUCGAGCGCCUAGUUUUCGGCGCUGCGCAGGUCAGUCGGCGUCGCCCUUUCGGGCAGGAUCAUGCGGGCGCGCCCCUGCUGGACGCUGCGCGCGGGGCUGCUGCUGCUCCUGGCCGCGCCGGAGGCGGAGGGCGGCUGCGCGGCGCUGGGGCGCUGCUGCGCGGGCCGGAGCAUGGCGUGCGUGAGCACCGGCUGGAGGGCGGACGGGUCCCACGGGUCCUGCUACUGCGACCAGGCGUGCCCUUACACCUUGGACUGCUGCCAGGACUACCGGCAGGUGUGCCCAGGUGGGUAAGGAGCAGGAGGAGCAGGGGAGGGGGAUGGUCCAGCUCAGGUAGGAUUAGGCAUGGGGGACCUGUGGGUGUUUUCUUUUCUUGGAUUCCCCUCAUCUCUCACCAUGGGGUUUGGUGGCUCGGGCUGAUGGGAGCUGGAAGGCCACAGACUCCCGCUUCCAGUGAUAAGUCAAAUUCAGCACCUGCAAGGGGGCUGGACUAGAUGACCCCUGGGGAACCCUUCCAACGCUACAAUUCUAUGACAUGCUUAGAAAGAGCAGUGCCUUUUUUUCAGAGUGCCGGAUCCCACCCAGAAGGGGAACUGCGAUUGAAACUCAAGGGUGGAAAAAUGACUUGGUGUAGCCAAUUCAAAUGGACUACAGCCCUUGUGUGAAUACUUUUUGGCUUAUUGUCCGGAUGAGAAACCUGUGACCUUCCAAAUGCAGACUCUCAUCUGCCUCAUCUUGUUAGGGCUAGGGCUGUUGGAAGUUCAAAAAUCUCUGCAGGGCCUGAGGUUCUUCAUCCCUGAAUUUAAGAGUACUAGAGGGAGCUGGAAGUUACUGAGCCCAGGUGGAAAAUUACAGUAUUGACAAUCUACUCCUACCUAUGUUAUUUAAAAACUAAAUCCCACUGAUUUGCACAGGAAUUACUCCCAAGGCAGCUGUUCCAUGUGGUCUUAAACAUGUUUUACUUGGAGAUAAGUACUCUGGAGUUCAGCAGGGGGCUAACACCUGAAUAAAAGUGUUUCCUUUUAAAGUUAGGAUUGCAACUUGGGGGAAGCGAUAGUGGCUUAAGCUUUCUUGUGUUGGAAAUCAGAUACCAAUGAAUCUCAAUGUUCUUGGAGGACAUUUGAGUGCUGUUGACAUGUGUAUUGUCAUAAACAGGGAGAGUUGAAUUCAGAACUUUUUCUUUAUUAAAAAGAUCAAUAACAUUCUGUGCAAAAGCAUAAGCUAUGCAAAUUGUGCUGUUUUAUCCUGCUGUUGCAAGGCAUCAAAAAGAGCUAACACUGAAGCCCGUGUGCACAAUUAUUCGUAGAGUUUGGAGCAUAUGGUACAACUCAAGGCAUUUGUAAUGGCCUGGAGUAACUUCAGUGGUUCUCUUAAUACUACUUAAAAAAAAAUAAAUCUCUCACACACUGAGCAUAUUAACAUCUUCUUCCUGUUCACUAGUACAACAGAACCCAAAUAUUGGCAAAUAGGAAUUUCCUAAAUCUUGACUUUUCAAAAGCUGAGGUUUUCAGCAUAUUGGAUAUUUUACUUAAUGCAGAAUUCUGCUUGUGCGCUCCCCCCACCCCCACAUGCAACCCAUCCCAUCCUUAUAAUAAUCUAUACUUCCCAUAACUCUUAGUAAAACUUUCCAGGAGACAAACAUUGCUAUUUUCUAUUAGGCAAUUGAAAACAUGGGGUCCUUUUUAAAAAGGGAACAUAUGUAAAAGAAAAUUCAAGCAAAACAGAAUUAUCCCUCUCCACAAAAUGCAGGUUGCUUGAUUAGCCUUUAUUAGAUCUACUGAAGCGUAAGUCCCUUUCUUAUAUGCCUCAUCAAUCCAUACAGUGGUACCUCAGGUUACACAGGCUUCAGGUUACAGACUCCGCUAACCCAGAAAUAGUGCUUCAGGUUAAGAACUUUGCUUCGGGAUGAGAACAGAAAUCGUGGCAGUGGCACGGCAGCAGCAGGAGGCCCCAUUAGCUAAAGUGGUGCUUCAGGUUAAGAACAGUUUCAGGUUAAGAACAGAACUCCGGAACGAAUUAAGUACUUAACUCGAGGUACCACUGUAUUCUCAACUGGUGCCAUCUUGUGGCUUUUUGAAGAAAUGGCACAAUAUUGUCCUUUGCAAGUGUCACUCUUGGCUUUCUGCAUGUACUGUGGUAGUUUGCAGAUAGGUGACGUGACUUGCUGACACUCAGGUGGGGUGUUCGUGGCAAAAGCCAGAAAUUGGAGAGCUGUUCUUUUCACCGUAGUCAUCUUUGCUUUGGCAACUGAGAGGGCUGGAAGAUGUCUGAAUCCACACAUAUACUUGGAUUGAAAACUGUGCUUUGCAUUACACGUCCAGAGUAAUUGUGUGGAAUAGGGAAUCGUUUUAUAUUCCUGCAUGGUUACGAAGCUCAGGCUGGCUGGUUCUCCCAAGUGCAGUGGAAUGAAGUGGAAGAAUGCUGAGGUGGUAAAAUGAGCUGCCUCACUUCAUCCUGCUGUUGGAGAACCACAUUUUUUUAAAAAAAGGAAUUCCCAAUGUAAACAGACAGAUGACCCUGUAAGUAGAAAACUUGGCAGUUUAAAGUGGUAUCGUGAUUGCUUCAAACACAUAUUGUGAAUGUGGGCUAAGUUGGGACACCUUAAAUGCUGGCACUCCUGCUUGGCAGGAAUGGAUCAGACUUGCUAUAUUUGAGAAGAAUGCCAGCCUGGAAAUGGAUGGAAUAGAUAACAAUUGUGAGUUUUGUCCUCCUCCUCCUCCUUCCUCAGUGGUCUCCUGCGUGGUCUCUGAGUGGAGCGAAUGGAGCAGCUGUGCAGAGACUUGCAAGGCAGCGUACCGUGUGAGGAGGAGGCGCAUCAUCCGGGAGCCGAGAAAUGGCGGCGAAGCCUGCCCUCCUCUCGAGGACAAGGCUGGCUGUUUUGAGUAUUGGACUCAGCAAGGAACAGAGUGCAAGCAGCCCUUCAGUAAGUGGAGCAGGGCACGGGUGGAGUGGGGGGGACGGACAGAUUCUUGGCAGAAAAAGGGUUUCCAAGGCCUGCUUUUGGAUGCAUUCAAAAUUACAUUGUACCCGCUCCCCCCCCCAAAAAAGUCUUGUUAGAGCAUUUCUUCUGGUUACUUUUGAAGAGUUUGGAUUUGAUAUCCUGCUUUAUCACUACCCGAAGAAGUCUCAAAGCGGUUAACAUUCUCCUUUCCCUUCCUCCUCCACAACAAACACUCUGUGAGGUGAGUGGGGCUGAGAGAUUUCAAAGAAGUGUGACUAGCCCAAGGUCACCCAGCAGCCGCAUGUGGAGGAGCAGGGACGUAAACCCGGUUCACCGCACUUAACCACUACACCACACUGGCUUUUGUUUUGUUCUAAGCUGAAGAAAGUUAUUGACUCAUGUCAAGUGCCUCUCGCUUAACAGGGGCACCCCAUAUUUGGCUGGGUUUCUUCCGCUGCUCUGCUGGUGUGAUAGCUACACAGAAUCACAGAAGUUGGAAAGGGACCACAAGGGUAAUCUGGUUCAACACCCAGCAGUGCAGGAAUCUUUGGCCCAACAUGGGGCUCAAACCCAUGAUCCUAAGAUCAAGAGUCUCAUGCUCUACCGACUGAGCUAUCCCAGAUGCAAGGAAGAAAGUGCUGCAGUCUAUAAUGCCCCAUGCUUAAUUCUCGACACAUUCAUAGAGUGGCAAAAAAGGAGAUGAUCUUGCCCUGCAGCACACAAAACAGCUUUAGAUGCAUGUUUGUGCUUGGAGAGCAGUUGCAUACGUCCCUCUUCUAGUUCAUCCAGAGUAAAAUGGGAUGGUGCAAAGUGGCAUCUAGUGUAAGGAUUGGUCAAGGUGUUCUUCUGAGUGCCUUUGCUGCAGAGCAGCCAAAGAAGUCUGAUCACUGUAGUCCAUGCAUACGUAACCUUGAGGCUGGAUUACCACAGUGCACUCUAGGUAGGGUUGCCCUUGGCCUCCCUCCUAGUUCCACUGAAGGUUGCCUUCCAUCAGCAGAAGAGCUGAAUGCCAUGUGAGGUGCCACGAGACUCUGUGUUGCUUUUGCCGCAACAGACUAACAUGGCUGCUUCUCUGAAAACUGUGCUUGUACAAAAGGCUAUGUUGGGGCUGGGCACCAUUCAAAUUAUGGCUGUCACCUGCUUAGAGAAAUCACAGCUGAUAAUCCUGUGAGUUUAAGACUGUGAGUCUAACCCAAGUUACCUGGGAGUAAGCCCCACUGAAUUCAGGUGGACUCAUUUCUGAGUAGAGGGGGUUAGGAUUGUGCUGUUGGUAUAUUGAUUUAAUUAAAUCUCCACGUGAGAGACAACGGUAACAUUCACACAUUACAUUCAUACAAACUUUGUCCACAAAUAGUUGAGCUAUACAUGUGUACCGUAAUAGGUAAAGAUACCCCUGACUAUUAGGUCCAGUUGUGGACGACUCGGAGGUUGCUGCGCUCAUCUCGCUCUAUAGGCUGAGGGAGCCAGCAUUUGUCCGCAGACAGCUUCUGGCCAGCAUGACUAAGCCGCUUCUAGUGAACCAGAGCAGUGCACGGAAACACUGUUUACCUUCCUGCCGGAGCGGUACCUAUUUAUCUACUUGAACUUUGACGUGCUUUCGAACUGCUAGGUGGGCAGGAGCUGGGACCGAACAACAGGAGCUCACUCCGUUGCGGGGAUUCGAACCGCCAACCUUCUGAUCAGCAAGUCCUAGGCUCUGUGGUUUAACCCACAGCACCACCCGCGUCCCACAUGUACCGUAAUACAUGUUAAUAUUUAGUGAAUAUAUAGUCUGCGUGCUUGUGCACACAAUAGUUGAGCUGUACGAAUGAACAAGUUCAACACUUUCACACUAAGACUUGCGCACUUGUAGAGACCGCCUACAUCCGUGUUCAGUGCAAUGUGUGAACAACACUAUCCAGAAUUUUAAACCAGUGGUGGGCAGAAUACAGGCUUAUUGGAUCCCGUGUCAGAUGCUGUAUGUCUCUGAAUACCAGAUGCUGAGAAUCAAAGUGUGUGUGUGUGUGGGGGGGAGUGCUAUUGUGCUCUCACAUCCAGCUUGUAGGCAUACCAUAGUUAUCUGGUUGGUCACUGCGAGAACAGGAUGCUGGACUAAAUGGACCUUUGGCUUGAUCCAGAAAGGCUCAUCUCAUAUUCUCCUGUUUUACUAGAUCCCCAAGAGCUAUUAACCACAGGCAGGUGCAACAAGUCUCACAGUUAGAAUUCAAGAACAGGGUGCCUCUGAGCACAUUCUGAGCCUAGGAAAUUGUCUGCAGCACAGGAACUGAACUGAGUCCAUAGCCCUUUCUCACAAAAGCAUGGUCCUAGUUGGAGCUUUUUAUUUCAGCAGCCUAAUUUAGGUGGAACAACUCAUUUUAUUGCAGAUAUUGUCAAAACAACUGGGUGUCAAAAAUCUUUGCUGUGCUACUGGAAGCUUUGCCCACCCUUUCCCUAAACAACCGGCCCUUUUCUGGUGUACUUGUUUAGACUGGUUAUUAUUUUCCUUCUGACUUUUUAUUUUUUUGGUUUGCUUUGAAAAAAACCACAAAACAAAACCUGUGUUUCUGAGACCAAAAUAAAAUCUGUAGGCUUCAGAAGAGCUUAAGUGGUAUAUUUCUAAAUUGGGAUAUUAUUGAAAUAGCUUGCUCCCUCCAGCAUAGUUUCUGGGAUGAUAAUUAGCAGGCCUGUUUGUACGGACAACAAGGGGGGAUUUGUGGGCGGAGGGUACCCAUUUCUGCCCAGCGGAAUGAUGAAUAAUCACCAGCGGUCUGAGAAUGUGGGAGAGAACUCUCUCUCUCUGAUUUCCUGCCAGAGGGAAAAUGACACGGCAUUAAAGACCGCAAAUGUCCCAGUUGUUAUUGUUCUGCAGAUAAAGGCGGGCUCGGGGCACCGUUGUCACUUAUCAUGUCUGCUGUGUUUUCCUUUUUCCCUUUGAUGUGAGCAGUCCCAGCAUUAAUAACCACUGGAGGCUAUGGGAAAGCGAGGAGAAAGCGAGCUGUGUCCAUUGAGAAUGAAAGAGCCGGGUAAGUAAUGAGCUGCUCGAGGACUCUACAGCGUUGCUGUCCUCCUGUGGGUCACACUAUGGCCUGGAGCUCAUAUAAUGAAAAGACACAAGUCUAGAUUCACAGGCCUGGAAGACAUACUGGUACAGCCAUUGGCCCAUUUCCCUGAUGCAAAGCCAACCUCCAGCACACAUGUUCUUCCAUCCUCCUGCUUAUACACAGAACAGUGCUUUAACCUGCACUUUUCAUUUAUAUGGUGCUGUCACGAUCCCUGUAAAUACACCGCUGUAAAUCCUUAAUAGGCCAAACACAUUUUGACAAAGUCUUCCUCGGCGGCCUUAUUAAAAACGUUAACAAUUCAGCCGGUUCUGAGCUGCAGCCGCUUAAGGGAGGAGAGAAAAAUAUGCAUAGGGUCCUGAAUAAGUACAGAUGUCUCCCCAGCUUAUGCACGAUGGACUCAUGUGCAACCAUGUAUAUGCAUGCGCUGUUAUGUACUGAAGUUCUCACCCUGGGCCAGCAGGGGGAUACUGUAGAUAGUUUUCACUCAGGUCCACAUAUGCAAAUAAGGGAUUGAAAGUGACAUUCAGUGAUUGGAUAGUUACAGAAAGUGGUUACUGUUGCGUUGUAGUGGAGCUCUAUAUAAGCAAGCUGGCUGAACCCUUCAGGUCAGUUCUGUUCUAGCCUGUGAAUAAACAAGAGCUGUUUGAAGAAUCGCUGUGUCGUCUGAUAUGUUCACCCACAACUUAACAUGCACAGUCCUAGGAAGUAUUUAAAUAAAUUGAUUAAAAUUUCAAAAAGGGCAAAAUGGCCCCAAAAGAGCAGGAAAGGAGCUAGCAAUCCCAUGAGCCUUUGCACCAAUCUUUGAGGCCUGUGAAGAGUUGGGCGUUGGAGAAAGGAGGUUUGGAGGGAGCGAUUGUUGUGGAGUUUGGUGGAUUUUUGUGAAUUUUUGGCAGAGGUUUUGGUCGUUUACAGGCUUUAUAGAUGGUGUUUUCCACCAAACGUGAUUUCACGUUUAUGAGUGGUACCUGGGAACGUAAUCCCUGUGUAAGUGGAGAGAUGCCUGUACUGCAGGUUGGCCAAAUAAAUUUCAAAAAGCCUCCUGCAAAUAAUGGAUGUAGAGUUGAAGGGUGGUAAUUAGCUCAGUUUUACUCUUGAGUAUACCCACUGGAACUUAGUCCUGUUCAUUAAUUUUAGCAGGCAUAGUCUUGAGUAAAACAUCCCACCUGAAGACCUUGUUGAAAUGCAUUUGGCCCAGUAAGUAUUUAUAGUGUGACACCAGAGGUACUGCACCUCCCCGACACGCAAUGCACAUAUUUAUUUUUGUAAGUAAGCCUUACACAGACCCUGGGUGAGCGUUUGGAACCCCUGGAAUCUUGCACAGUUCAGAGAUUGGGGUGGCAUGCAACCCUAUUCCCCUCUCUUCCCAUGGCAGGUACUGUGUCGAAUUUCAGCUCAUGGCCAUCACAGAAGGAUGUCUGCGUGGGAACAGCUCUUACACUCAUUGGAUGAAAUAUCUCAGCGAAGGACAUCUGGUGUGUGUUGAGUGCCAGCACCCAGCUUUGGAUUCCAGGAACCUGCACUGCUCAGGGGAUGGCAGCGGAGCCAAAAUGUAAGAGCUGACCUUUCUGCUUUUGCUCAGUUGGAAAUGCUUUGUUGUUGGGAAAAUUGCAACCCCGUCUUCUAAACUUCUGUACUGCCUAGCACAGGGGUGGGGUGACUUUUUCAGUUCCGGGGAGCUGCAUUUGCUUCUGGGCAACUUUCGGGGGUGGGGUCACAUGGUAGUGAUGGGUGGGGCAAGAGGCAGAAGCGGACUAGGCAAUGAAUGUGAAUUUGAGUUACUUUUUACACACACUGGCUGUAGAAAAGAAGAUAUGCAGGUGUGGGCUGGCAGAGGGCAGAUUGAGACUGGUGGAGCAGCAUCCCAUUUGCCUCAAUGGACCAGCCUUUAGGUCUUUAAAAGUAAGCACCAGUGCCUUAAAUUGACCUCAAAAUAUGAAUGCACAUCCUUCAAAAUAUGUGUGAUAUGAAUGACUCCAGCUAUGCGCAUGCAACUUGAUGUUGCAAUCCUCUAGAACAUGCACGUGUGAAUCCGGCUGCAAUCGGCUGUACCCACUUACCUAGGUGUAAGCCCUAUUGAACCCAAUGGGAGUUACUUCUGAGUAGGCACUUAUAGGAUUGCAUUGUUGGCCCGUCCUGACCGUCAAAGGCAAGCUGGCUGAACCUGAUCCAUUCUUAAUGCAUAGCAGUAUGGAAGCUAAAUCUGCCCUGGCUGUUGUUGUGACAGUGCUCAUUCAAUAACAUUUUAAACAACAAAUAAGUUUGUAUGAAACAGCACGUUCGUCCAGGUAGCAUUUUCUCAGCGGUAUUGAGCAAGAAAAGCACUGCUAGGUAUUCUUCCUGCGCCUCCCUGAAGUCUUCAGUAUAGAACUGCAGUUAUUUUGAUAAGGCAGCAAUAACAGCCACUGUAGCUGUCUGGAGAGGCCAUAAAAUGCAGUAAAAACGUAAGAGGAGUACUGAGUUUGCUAUUUAGUAUAUGGGAUGACUCUAGUCCUCUUCAGGCAUUCAUCUUAUGAGCUCAGUCAAUGGAGGCACAAGGGGGAGAGAGUAGGAAUGAGUGUGUGAGCUCCCCCUCCAUGAAUUGGAGAGUGAAUGUCUGCAGCAGAGGGCCUGUUUGACCUGUGUAGGUUACUUGCCUGAUGUCGAAUUCUGGAAAACCGGGGUUCUGCCUUUCCUGGAAGCCUCCAUGAGUACCCAAGGCUCUAAUCUGCAGACGGCCGCUCUCGAACCAUGUGCCCACGGGGGAUUAGGUUAUUUGUCACAAUGGUUAUAUUACUUCUGUUGUCAGAGGCAAUAUUUAUUUAUUAAAAAACUACUUUAAAAAAUCUUAUCUUUUUGUUUAUUUGAUCAGGAGCAUACAAUUCAGUGAAGGGACGCGGGUGGCGCUGUGGGUUAAACCACAGAGCCUAGGACUUGCCGAUCAGAAGGUCGGGGGUUCGAAUCCCCGCGACGGGCUGAGCUCCCGUUGCUCAGUCCCUGCUCCUGCCAACCUAGCAGUUCGAAAGCACGUCAAAGUGCAACUAGAUAAAUAGGUAUCGCUCCGGCGGGAAGGUAAACGGCGUUUCCGUGCUCUGCUCUGGUUCGCCAGAAGCGGCUCAGUCAUGCUGGCCACAUGACCCGGAAGCUGUACGCCGGCUCCCUUGGCCAGUAAAGCGAGAUGAGUGCUGCAACCCCAGAAUUGGCCAUGACUGGACCUAAUGGUCAGGGGUCCCUUUACCUUUACCUUAUACAAUUCAGUGACAUACAGGAAUAAAGACAAAUCAAUUAAUGCAAUUAAAUUAAUGCAAAGACCUUGAACUUGGCCAGUGCAGAUGUUUUAACAAUGGUCACAUGUUGUCAGCCAUGUUCCCCUGUCAGCAGCCUGGCUGCCACAUUCGGCAUCAGGUAGAGCUUCUGGGCCAGGCUUGAGGGCAGACCCACAUAGAGCAUAUUGCAGUAAUCUAGCCUCAGUGCUACCAACACGUAGGCUUACAGUGAGUAGCCUAUCCCUGUCCUGAAACAGUCAUCACAGGCAAGCCAGAUGAAGCCAUAGCUGGAGACUGCGAGUCAGAGAGACCUGGUACAUGUCGGUUUUGCCAUAGUUAUCUGUUUGGCCACUGUGAGAACAGAAUGCUGGACUAGACAGGCCUUUGGUCUGAUCCAGACGGACUGCCUUUUCUGCUUCCAGAAGGGCUCACGUGGAAUUUCCAGGGUCAGAGAGAAAAUGCCACUGAAUUCCAGCUGCCAUGAAGGAAGAGCAAGGGAGGCCCUGCUUUUGGCAUCCCCAGAGGCCCCCGUGGGAAACGGGAUGCGGGGGGGGAGGGGGAGGGUAGUUGUGUUGUAGAUGGACCUUUGGGUCCAGUCCAUCAGGGCUGCUCUGAAGCUAAGAGCAAGUAACUGCUGGGGAAAAAUGUUUGGUUCUCAAACUUUGUCCCAGCACUCGCAUGCCCCAGUGAGGAGAGGGCCAAAUGAAGAGGAAUCGGUAAUGGAAAGGAAACUCUGAUCCUUAACAUGUAUAAUUCAAUAUUUGGGAGCAGGGAGGGAGGGGUGACCACACCCGUUCCAGCCCAGUCAUUAUGUUUCUGCAAUGAAAACCUGAAUCCGUUUAACCAAUGUGAUUUUUUCAACCCCUUGAACCGUCCACAUGCUGAAGAGUAGUCCCAGCUUUCAGAAUUGCCUUGUUCUUUUUAAUUGCUUUGUGUUUGUUGCCACUUCCAUUUUCAGCUGUGUCCUCCUAUUGUGCAUGGUCCCCCGUCCCCCCCGGCCUUGCUCAUUAACACUGAAAAGCAUUUCCAUCACUUUCUUAGGCAAGUUAUCUUUCCCUUUAGAACAAGCAAAUCUUGGUUCAUCAUUAUUUUUUUUUUGCUUCUUUUAAGACUUGGGGCUCGUCCCCACUUCCACUUGACUCAUGCUUUCCAGGUAUAGGUCCAAGUGGUUUUCCGUUCUUUUCUAGGGAAAACCUGCUCUUCAGGGUUGAAUCAGAGCAAACGUCAAUCCAGAGAACACGUGAAUUGCUGUUUGCUCGGAUAGAGUGCUAAAAAGUGGUUUUCCUUGGUGGGGAAAGCAGCAGAGACCACAGCUAGUGAGGAUGACCCCAUCGUGAACUAAUCUCUGCUUUGAAAGUAAGAAAAGAGUAGUUGGGCUGAGAAUGACACCUCUUUCUAAAUCUCCUAGGAAGUGCUUCACCCGUUAUGAAGCUGGCUUAAUGGAUUGAUCCAAUUUCAGGCUCGCGUGUGUACGGUUCAAAGCAUUUUGUUGAAUUAGCUGAGCCACGUUUGGAAUGUCUCGCAAGGUCACGUCUCAUGCAACUGGGCCGGUGCAUCGAUAUUCCUCCCCUCCUUCUUUCUUCCAGAAAUAGGCUAUGAAGGGUUGGCCAAAUCAGCUGGGGGACGUGAUGGCACGAUGAUCUGCCAGUCUCAAUCAUUUGAGAAUGGAGAGCAGCUGGGGAGCAGCCUCUAGAAUGAGUGGGAAAGAGAGCCUGCAGCCAGGAGACUAUUCAUCUUUUCCAAGGGUACAAUGAAGGGGUAAUAUGGCCCUCUAACAGAAAACUUGGGUGUUGAGGGCCAAUGGGCUUGGAGCCAAAAAGGGCCCACUGAGAAACAAGUGUGAGAUAAACUGGCAUGUUUGGUGGAACUUUGAGUUUUGCAGACAUACAUUUUAAAAACAAACAAACAAGAACCCCAAGGGAUACCCACCCACACCCACCCACCCACCCACCCACCCAAGAAAAGCCCCCUUAAGGUGCUCAGUGUCUAUGGAAUGUGUCAUUUGGAAAAGAAAAACGGAAAUGGUGUGGGGUUGGGACUUUUGCCUAAAAGCAGUUUCUGUGCAGUGACAGCUUGCCAGCAUAUUCUGUCUUUGGUAUAACUGGAGAUAGUUCCAAGUUAUGCCAUUAUGAACCCGUACAGUACCCAAGUCAGUUAAAAAGUAGAUUCUGAGAGCUGCAGAUACCUUACACGGUGCUACAAUCUUGGUGGCUGUGCCUUCCUCCAACAAGUACAUUAAAGCCUAAAACGACCAGCCUUUAAAAUGAUGUAGUGAUUUAUUUAUUUUUUAAUGCAGCAUUAAAAAAUGGUACUAGAAAGUUCAGACCUGAGUAAGUACAGUUGACAUUUGCAGAGAGCAUGCACUGGGAAUUGCUGGAAAAACCAGUGCUUCCUGAAAGCCUGCAAGGAUUAGCUGUUCCUUAUAGUUUGCAGUAAGAUGUGUUCACUGUGGAAUGUGGUUUUGUUAUGGACAUUUAUGUACAUGCAGAAGGGGACGGGUGUAAGGAACUGUUUUUCCAAGUAUAACCUUGUUUACAUGGAGGGCCAAGAAGUAUAAUUUCUUCAUCAAAGGCUGAUAUGCAAGUGAUUAAACAUGAUUGCUCAGCGGUAGCCACUUCAAAUUGGCCUUCACAAUGUCCAUUGUAAAGCUGUGGGCAGGAUUAAGCUGAGUUGUGCACAAGCAGACCUUGUUCUACUUGUGCACACUCUAUUUAAUGUUAGGAUUCUUUCCACCGUGUUGCAGUCAUGGGAUGUUGCAGUUAUGACGGUGUAUGUUUUCAGUCCACAUUGUGGGAAGUGACGGAGACAGGAUGUUUAUAUUACUGUGUUUUGUCCUUUUGUUCUUUCUCUUUGCUGUCUGAUGCUGAAGAGGAAGGAGCUGAGUUGCGAUGCUCUGAGUGUGUAUAUGUAAAUAAACGUAGUAUAGCCAAAAGCUGCGCUACUGAGUCUGUACGCUAACUGCCUAUACUCUGCUGAUGCUGAAGUGUGCUGAUGCCUCUUGGUAUCAGUUGCUGUGAUGGAAGCUUUUGAAUCUCCCGAACGACCGACCAGGAGGGAGAGAACAUGCCAGUCGGGUAUGUGUCUCUGCUAGAUUCCUACUUGUGUGUAGGACCUCCUGACACUUAAUUCUGCCCUGAUUCAACCCAUUUCUUUUCUUUGACCAUUUACUAGUGGGUGGAGGUCUAGUUUCAAAAAAAGAAAUGUGCCUCUAAAAUGGAGGAAAAGGGGAGAUUUUGGAAGUGUGGGGGCAGGGGUUUGAGACGUAACCACACAGCCCCUUCCCAAUAUUCUUAAGAGAUGAGUAUUUAUUUAUUUUGGUUAUUAUUUGUUAAUUUAUAUACUGCUUAAUACAGAAUAUAAAAACUGACUAUGCAUAAUUGUUAAAAUACAGAAUGAUUUAAAAAGGCAGCAUAAUAAAAAUACUCAGUAAAGCAAUCCCAUUAAAAAAAUAAAUAAAACUAAUGGACCUAAGUUAGUGCAUUUAGUGCUGUACUGAAAAUUUCUCCUUCGGUUCUUCCCUCACCAACCACUCUUCAGUUAAUGAGGGGGUGGGGAAACACAUUCAGAAAACGAAAGAAAAUUACAGUUGUCUGUACUUCGGCACCUUUCUGGGUGCCUGUGCUUUGUGAAAAAAGCAGAGUUCCACUAACUUAUUACAUGGCUAUGGUACUGGAUAUUAAGGAAUUGAGGAUACAUUAGGAUCCAAAGAUGCUGAUACAAAACUUACUCUCCCACGCAAAAUAAACAUGCAGUUGUUUGCAUCCGUGCCUCUGGAGCCCCCAUUGAUUAAUCUCUCCCAGUAAUGUUUGCUCUGAGGGUAUUUCUGGUCCUGCUAGCUGAGAUGCUUUUUAUCUGAAAAUGCUUUGGACAGAGAACAUGGGAUAUAAUGCUCACAAGCCUAUACACCAACACUGAGCGAUGCCUGCUACUUGUGUCAAAUUUAGGAAAUUGCACGGUGUCCCUUUGAAGCAACAGCUAAGUGAUAAAAACCACUUCGGACCUGCAGGUUGAGAGAUUGAAGCUCAAGUGAACAGUGCACUUCAGUACUGCACAGUUAUCUUUGUUUGAACGUCCAGCAUCUGGAAGGUGUUUACUGUGUUUUCAGUGAUUCAGAAUUACCGGGUGUCCCUGCCAUUCUCAAGGGCCUUUAGUUUGUGAGUGUGGAUUGAGAAAUGCUUUUGAAGUACAAGCAAAAGCCAAGAUUGAGUCAACUCUUUUUAUGUGCUCACCUGAAGCUGUGUGACUUGUGUGUGUGUGUUUUUGAUGCUGCUUUUAGGGGAAGCUGAAUGCAUUGUAUCAAUGCUUGGUUCUGCUUUUUCUGUUGCAGGAACCAGCUACUGCACUGGCAGGCCGUAGGAAACCCAAGAUGCAGAGGGACCUGGAAGCGAGUUCGCCAGCUGCACACUUGCUCCUGCCCUUCUGUCCACAGCUUCUUGUUCAUCUGACUUUCACAUAGUUGUCCCUCUGCCUUGAGUCUGCAUCUCCUCCUUGGUUCUCCUGAAUAGAAGUUCAGCUGUGAACAGCCACAGUUGGGAUGCCAACGGGUAUAGUUUAAGAUCAAGGGUACUUCCUGCUUUAAGGAACUGUCACUUGGUGACACAGGACAUUCUCCUUGAGACUCAAGAUGAAGUUACUGGCAUGUUAAAGAAGCAGGUAAUCUGUGCAGGAGAGACUUGGGAGAGUCAGGUUUGAGGCUGGCAGGCCAACAAGACCAUGCUGACAAGUGAGUAGUAGAGAUCAAAACUUAGGGAGAACCCUUGGAUUGGACCAUAGACCCAUCUUGUCCAGCCUCCUGUUCUCACAGUGGCCAACCAGAUGCCUGGGAGAUGAGUGAGCUCAUCCCAAACUCGGGUUGAUUCUGAAAUGUGCUGAGUCAUCAGUUUUUUGGAUUUGGAGAUAAUGUCAUGUCACUUGGUCAGCCCCACCUCCCACAGCCCCCUAAGCCUCCAUCCCCUUCUACACUGUCUGGGUUUGCUGCAGUGAUGCUCCAGAACGAAUGAGGCACUAUAAGAAGAAAUCUGAUCUUUUCCAUCUUUCUUCUUCCCCUGUUCUCCAGCAUCGUUUUCUUGGUAUGCUGCCUUUCCGUAGUUAAAACUAUGCUCAACCCAAGCCCAUUAUGAUCACAGGGAGUAGAAAAAACCCACUGGCCUUUGGGAAAUGUAUUGGCCAGGCUAUAAGCUGGGGCUUGUAAUGUCCACCACUCCUUUGACUCAGGUUUUUACAAGCCCCUGAAACUCAAGCCUGAAAGUGGAGCACCUUGGUCAGAGUCAUUGGUCAGGGCUGGGUAGAUUCUGCAUGUGUAGGAGGAAAGGGUUGAAUGUGUGAUACUGAGCAGAGAACUCUGCUUCCUAUGAAUGCUGGAGAUUCUCAGGAACAUAGGAAACUGCCCAUUUGCCUAUUUAGCUCAGAAUUGUCUGCACUGACCGGCAGCCCAACAUGGAGAUGCUGGGAAUUGAACUAAUCCAAAAUGCGGCAGCUAGACUAGUGAUUGGGAGCAGUCGCUGAGACCAUUUAACCAGGCCUUUGGUUGAUUUGAUUGACAUCCUGUGCCCUUUUAAAAUGUGUUUUUUUCAGGGGGGCAGGGCGGUUAUUGGGUUGUUGUUUUUAUUUUGAUUGUGUAUUUUGUGGUUUUAUAUUUUGAUUUUAUUCUGUGAACUGCUCUGAGACCUCCGGGUAUAGGGCGGUAUAUAAAUUCAAUAAAUAAUAGUAAUAAUUACAUAACACCAAUCCUAAAGGAUCUUCACUGGCUCCCAGGACGUUUCCAAGCACAAUUCAAAGUGUUGGUGCUGACCUUAAAGCACUCAACAGCCUUGGACCUGGAUAUCUGAAGGAGCGUCUCCACCCCCAUCAUUCAGCCCAGACACUGAGAUCCAGCUCCUAGGGCCUUCUGGCAGUUCCCUCCCUGCAAGAAGUGAAGUUACAGGGAACCAGGCAGAGGACCUUCUUGGCAGUGGCGCCCUCCCUAUGGAAUGCCCUCCUAUCAGAUGUCAGGGAGAUAAAGAAUUACACAACUUUUAGAAAACAUCUGAAGGCAGCCCUGUUCAGGGAAGUUUUUAAUGUCUUACAUUUUUUUAUUUCUUAUCUUUUGCUGGAAGCCGCCCAGAGUGGUUGAGGAAACCCAACCAGAUGGGCGGGAUAUAAACAAUAAAAAUUAUUAUUAUUAUUAUUAUUAUUAUUAUUAUUAUUAUUAACCUGGGGCCUUCAGCAUGCAAAGCAGAUGUUGUACCCUUCACCCACAAUUUUAUAUUUUAAAUGCAAGUUUCUAGCCCCCAUGGCUGCUGCCAACAUAUGCUUAGAAUAUCUGGUGAAAUCUUGCAAGGUUAGAGCAGGUGGUUGAGUAAGAUUUCCAUGAGAGCAGGGCUUCAGUUUUAUGGGUAGCUUCUUCCUUUUCCUUGAACUAGCAGUAAGUAGCAGGAAAAUUUCUGCAUCCCCUUGUCUGCAAUUAAUUAAUUACAGGGGAUAUAGCUGCACAUUAUCCUUAAAUUGGUGGAUAAAAUGAGUUCUCAAAGAAGCUUUAGCCUUUGGGCCAAAUUAUCCAUUCUUCAGGUGUUCCAUGAUAUGUAUUCCUCCCCCCAUAAAGGGUUGUUGGUAGAUUUAUUUUUCACUUUAUUUUAUUGAAACAAUUUACAGUAUAUACCACUUAACUCCAAUAGUUUCUAAGCGGUUUACAAGGAUGGGGGAGUUUUGAACACCCACACUCUUAAUUGCUGCAACUCCAGUUAAAUUUGGCUUUGGGCACUUGCUUUAAACUGAAAAGAAAAACAACAUACAUUGAUUUACUGAUUGGGGGGAAGGAAUUCUGCCACGGAUCUCCUGCCUAACAUGAACUUUGGCCUAAUGUCCCUGUGUACUCUUUUUGCAACUGUGGAGCACCCUGCCAGAUUAUCUGAGGAACAAGGAAAUGGAAUAUAGGCUUGGGCUAGUUCCCAUUGAUUGAUUGAGCCUUACAAACCACUCAAAACAUCCUUGUGAAGCUUAGAUACACUUGACCUUUCACUGGUGGAAGUUGGGGAGGUCAAGAACUUGGCUGACUUGUGAAGUGCCUUACACAGUGUCAAUCUAGACAUGUCGCUUGAGAUCUGGGAUUACAAAUGCCUAUUGUUUAAGAAGGAAAAAGAAACAAUAUUUGGAGCCCUAGAAUUGGAUUAGUACCAUGGUGCUGGUGCUCCUCCCCAUUUUCCUGAAUAAAUAUUGCCACCGCCCCCCUGAAUUGUAAUUUAGGAAAUUGGUGGUGGGGAGAUCAUUCUCCUUCUGACUGCCACAGUUCCAGACGCCACAACUUCCUUAGAAUUUGCUAUUAACUUCUUAAAACAAACAGGAGGUGAUUGUACUCAUGGAUCUUCUCUGCCAUCUCUAGUUGUACUCACACUUACAAAGGAUACACACUGCUGUGCAUGUUUACUCAGAAGGAAGUGCCACAGAGUUUAGUGGGACUUGCUCCCAAGCUUUAAACUAAUGCACACACCUUCAGGAAAGUCUUUUUGAACUCAAUAGGGCUCACCUCUGGGUUGGCAUCUGUCUGUCUUGGGAGACAGUGGAAGAGAGCACCUUUGGAGGUGAAGUCAAACUGUUGGAAGGUUGCUGCACCUGCUGUGGCUGUAGAGACUAAUAUGGGAGAGACAUGUUUUGUUGCAGCUGGGACAGAUGAAGGUGUCUGAUUAUAUUGACUGGGUAGACAUAGUAUUGCCCCGUUCAAUAGAAAAAAAAUCUUCUGUGCACCUGUGGCAUGUCAAACCUUAUUCUGAAAUAAUUUGGACCUGGAAACACUGGUAGUUUUUUUUCAUUUGCAGGCUUUGUGUUUUGAAAGAGCCCAUUAAAAUGAAUAUUUAUGGAAAGU